AGAGAGAGAGAGAGAGAGAGAGAGAGAGAGGAUUAAAAUGGUGAAGCGAAAAGGCAGAGGAAGACAAAAGAGGAAUGCCAAGAUACAGAACAACAACAACAAUAUCAAUCCCAGUACAAGUGAACAGCAAGAGCAAACCCAACAAGUUAAUGCUGCUCAGCACAAUGUGCCGCCGCCGCCACCACCGGGCCGACAGCCUCUGCCUGGGCCCAGGAGAGGCCGGAAGAAGAAAAGGCUCGAGGAAGUGGCCUUUUCUUCUAUUGGCCCCACAGCCCAACAGAAUGGAGAAAAGCCAAAAGAUGAAAUUCCGCCAGUUAACAGUGUUUUUCAAUCUUCACAACAAAUGCCUGAGAAACGCAUACUUGAGUUUAUACUUGACAUACUACAAAGGAGAGAUACACAUGAAAUAUUUGCUCAGCCAGUUGACGCGAAUGAGGUGGAAGGCUAUUAUGAUAUAAUUGAAAAGCCAAUGGAUUUUGGCACCAUGAGGGCAAAACUUCAAGAGGGAAUGUACAGCACUUUGGAACAAUUUGAGAGUGACGUAUUUCUGAUAUUGAACAAUGCAAUGCUUUUCAAUUCAUCAACAACCAUCUAUUUCAGACAGGCCCGUGCUAUACAUGACCUGGCAAAGAGGGUCUUUCAGACUCUAAAAACUGAUCCCAAAAAAUUUGAACUGGACUCCUCACUGUCUAGAAGACGAAAUGGGAGGAAACCCCAAGGUGAAACCAGAAGUUUGCAUGUUAAGCUCGGUGCAAAGCUUAGAGGAAAUAGCCUAGCACACCGUGGGUCAUCUGCUACAAAUCCUUAUGAGAAUGAAAUUCUUCCUGGAUCAAGAGACGGUAGAAAUGUGAAUUUCUGUGAAACUGGAAGGUGUCAAAUGUAUAAGCAUCAGAGUGAGGAGUCAUCAAUAGUUUUAACAAUUUAUAGUUCCUCAAAAGAACUUGUACCUGGUAAUGGGGGUAUUGGGUACAAUGAAAGUCUGCUGCGAUUUGCUAAAGAUUUGGGACCAACGGCUCAAAAUGUGGCAAACCAGAAAUUGAGUCAUUCUUUUCGGGAUUCAAGUUGUCUGAUUUCUUCGUCAGCUACUCAACAACAACCUAAUUGUAUCAACGGUGCAACUGAGGAUGCCAACAACCCACUGGGCAGCCACGUCAGUAUAAAUAUUGACAGUAGCGCUUGCCGAGGAAAGAUGGCACUCGGAAUUGGAGGACUGGACAAAGGGAAGAGUGUUCUCACUGGUGACAGCAUCAAUCCCAAUGAUGCUCAUCGCACUCAGAAUCAAUUGGGUUCUUAUCUCCCAGGUGCUGGAACAGCAAACAUAAAUGGAUACACGACUACAGAUUGGAUGGCGGGCUCUAAACCGUUGGAUGAUCAGUUUCAGCCAGCACAUUUGUUCCCCAGAUCACAAUUGCUUGAAUUUCUUUCUAACAGCAAUCAACGCCCGAAAUCAUCUUUGUAUCCUUCAAAAGUCAUUACAUCAUCCAGUUCCAACGCUCCACCGGACCUCAAUUGGGGAGCUAGUUCAGCUCAGGUUGAAUGGAGCCGGCCUACACCGUGUGGUCCACAGGCAAUCUAUGAUUUUUCACGGAUACAACCACAGCAGCCUGAUGAGGCGAACAUAUAUGGCCACGAUGCAUUUGCACAGCGAGGAUUGGAGGUCACAUGGACUACUUAUGCACAGCCACAGCCACAGCCACAGCCGGGUCUACUGAAUCUCUUGGGCGAGGAUAUAUUCGUGCAGACACAACAGCAGCUUCCAGUGGUUUCUUACAUACAAUCACUGCCUAAUGAGGUGAAUUGGAUGGGCCAGGAUGGUUAUGUGCAGCGAGGAUUGUACCCUGCGUUGUCUGAGUUUGAUGUGAAUUCAGUGGGCCAGAAUGUCAUUUUGCCUAGACAAACACAGCAGCUCGUUUUGGCAUGCCAAGGACUGAUGUCUGAUGCAGGGAACUACAGCGAGGGAGGUUCAUUACAAGGACAGGAAGUAAACAGUAAUGCUCAACUCUGGGACUUUCAACAACAGCACUUGAGAGUUUCUCCUCAGCACCCUGAUUUGGAUAUUCGGCUGCGAACCCAGAAUCGGAGGUCGUAAAACUGAAGAAAACAAAACAAAAAAAAGACCAAAAACAGAAGCAAAAGGAGUAUAGUUUUCUUAUCUUUGAAUUAUUAUCCCCCUGAAAUGUGUAGUUAAAAUUAGAGUUGUCAAUAUAGAGUUUUUCUGUCU